CAGAAUGCCCCUUUUGCAAGGCCUGCUGCGACCCCAAUCUCACCAGAGUCCUGGGGCUGUGCUUGCUGAGCCUUGUGCUCCAGGGGUCCUCCUUCCCCAGGACCACCUUGCCACGUUUGCGGAGACCAGUGCCCUCUGACCUGCCUUGUGGAGGUGGGGUUUGAUACUGUGCGUUGUCUCAAUGUUUUAAUGUUUUCCUUUCAUUAAGGGUUUUUAGUUUGGGUUUAAUUUUGGUUGGGUUGGCACUAACUCUUAAGAUGCUGUGAGAACCAUUUCAUCAAAUGCCAAAUAAACUUGUGUUCCGGAAGAGGCGUGGUCCUUGGUGUGACCCCCACAGCUACCACAGGCUGAGGGGAAGUGGCAGCACCCACCUUUCAACAGAAUGCUCCCAGGGUUUGCAGCCCUUGCAGGUAUCCCACAAAUCCCCCAAGGACCAGGCAGAGCUGAGCCUGGAGCCCCAGGUGUGUGCAGAGAGCAGCAGCCCUGCCUGCAGCUGUCCUAUAGCACACUUCCUUGCCUGGGGCAUUGGUUGCUGCUUUGGCAGGUUUUGCUGACUUGACACAGGAUCCACAUAAAAGCUUGACACCAUCUGAGAGCCACCAUGGGAUGGGGUGCCAGGGCAGGGCUUGGAACUUGGCCAUCAGCCCCAUCUCCUCUAAGCUCCCCUUACUAUCCAGGUGGCUGGAAACAGCCCUUGCCCGCAGUCCAAGCCACCUAGGGUUCCAAAGUAGUCUAGGUCCUCUGGGGCUUCACGCCUGUCCGGCAAGGGCAUCUCUAGGUUUCAGAGGGUAGGGGGUCCAGGAAGUGUAAUUGCAUGCCCCGCCCUGGGGCAUUCCAGGUAUGUAUGUUGGAGGAAGUCUUGUGACUGGAUACAAGAGGGGUCAGGGUUAGGAAAGGAGCUGGUAAGUCCCUUGGCGGGGAUGGGAGCCUCAAGGAGGCAGCCCCUUUUUUUUUUUAAAUCCCAUCUGCUGGGCCAGGAGUGGAAUGGGGGUGUUGAGUCCUGGGCACACAGGUCACCAUCAGCAUCCUGGACAGAGCCCCAAGCCCUGCCUCUGGGUAGAGGCCACCUUCCAUCCCCCAAGUGGGAAGGGCCCUGCCCUCUGGAAAUUUUGGAAAGAGGCUCAAGGUGCAAAGCAGUCCCCUCUGACCUGCAGAGCUCUGUCUUGGCCUGGAUCCGCAGAGGGGCCCAGGUAGGAGGGAGGCUGUGGUCUUGGGAUGGGGUGGAGGUUCCAGGCCCACAGUGGGGCAAGAGACGUCCUCCACCUUCCUCCCAUCCUUGCCCGAAAGUCAUGGGCGCUGGGGUCAAAGGUGCCCUCACUGUUUGAACUUUCUUGCUGGUGGCUUUGGCGUGUCAUUACAGUCCCCAGCCUGUUUCCUUGACUAUAAAUAGAGAUAAUAGGUCACUCCUCCCCUGCAGGAUUAACCUCAGCAAUUGUUGCUGACACUCAGCACAGCCCCGGGACCAGUGUGCAUCUGGGUGAGUUUGCAGCACUCGAUCUCUUCUCGGUGGCCCCGCCUGGGCACCGCCCCACCCACCCUCUCGAUGGCCACACCCCUAGCCCACCUAGAUAAUGAGUAAAUAUGUAGCAGCCUGGCUCCGCGGUCUAGCCGUUUUCUAGUCCUUCAGAGCUGCUCUGCCACUGCACCACACAGGCCCCUGGCAACGUGCUCGCCUUUCUAGUGCUGCAGUAUGAGACUGCGCAUCAGGACUCUGUCUGUUUGGUCUCCAAUCUACCCUCUUUUGCCACGCUCCACCACCCCUUAGGUCUUGCCACUGAGGGUGGAUAGGGACUGGGGGGAGAAAAUACUAGGGUAGGGGUGACGGGGCCUCCACAGGCCUAAGCCCCUGGCCCUACUUCAUUCUUGGACCCCAGCUGACGGGAUGGGGCUUGGAGAGGGCCCAGAUGACUGGCCUCUCAGCUCAGUCCCCUGCCUCCUGUCUCCGUCGGUGCCUGGUGCUACGACUUACAGGACCCAAAGUGUGGUGAGGACAGAAUGUCAUGUGAGGCUGUGUCCUGGCACCACCAGAGCAUAUGCCAGUGGUGCAAGAGUGGCCAAGAGAGAGUCUGCAGGCUGCACUCUGUGGUCUGCAGGUUUCUGUCUGCAGUCCUCUGCCCCAGUGACUGAGCAUCAAGUGCAUGACUGUCCCCCUGUGUGUGAGUCUGGGUCUGCUGUGAUCACCAGUCUUGAGUCAGUCAAGACUGGUGUGCCUGUUGCUGUGGCCAGGUCAAGCGUGUGCGUGUGAUAGAGGUCCUCAUGUGGGUGUGCAACUGUGUGCCGGAGACCCUGCAGACUAGGUGGCUAGGUCAGAUGCAGGGUGCGAGAGAAGGGCACUGUGACCUGUUCAGGUUGCAGGGGAAGCAGAGAGUGGUUUCCUGAGGCUGGGCUAUUCUCUGGGUAUAUGGGGGGCCACCCGCUGCUGCACCCCCAGACUGCCUUUCUGACCCCUACCCACCCCAGAGAUGGCAGUCCUUGUUCCCACAGUCCCCACCCACUGGAAGAAGCUGGCCCCUGCCUGUUGGGGCCCAGGCCAGUCCCCCAUCAACACUGACCUUCACAGGGUCCGGUGGAUCUCUACCCUAGGGCCCUUCAUCUUCCGAGGCGACGACUCAGCACCUCUAGGCCCUUGGACCCCAGAGAAUGACAGCCAUACAGGGCUACUCCAAAUGGACACUGAUCCUCAGAACCACCUGGAGAUUCAGGGGCCUGGGCUGCUGUUGCCUGCCUACUUCACACUGCUGCUGCACUUCCACUGCGGGGGCCUGAGUGCAUGGAGACCCUGGCUCCUCACUGAGAUCUUGAAAGGAAAAGACCCUGCAUGCAGUCACCCCGGAGGAAUGGGAGUCCUGGCUGUUCCUCUGGAGGCUGACCCAGCCCUGAUCCCGACCCAAGGCCCAAAGGCCUAAAGGCCCAGCUCUAAGGUUCCAAGGGGCUACACCCCGUUCUCCAGCCAGACUCAGUCUCCAGCAAGGACCCCGGCUGCCAUCCACACUCCCCAGACACACGUACCUCACCCUCUGCCCAUCCCGCUCCCACCCGCUCUUGCCAGUACCAGAACCCUAGCUGGCGGCACCCGGGGACCCUUUUGGCUCAGAGCCACGCUCCACAAAGGGAAACGAGCUGCUCACUUGCCCCGUCCUGGACUCCCAGAGCCCUUCCAGCCAGCGGCGACGCCUUCCGCACCUUGCCUAGGCCGCCCUCUGUGCUGUCGCCCUCAGUCUCCGCCACCUUUCGGGGCCCCAGGCGGCACCAGCAUCUUCUUGUGGUUCUUCCGGGCCGGGGCUCUGUGCGCUCCGCUGUCUGCUGGGCCGUCCGGGGCGUCGUCGGUGGGCCUGGAGGUGGCGAUCAGGGCGCUCACC